AUGCGUGGUGCGGGAUCGCGCGACGAGAGGCACACCUCUGCUGCCGGUGGUCAGCUCAACGCUAAGCAGCUCAGCAGCCACAUCUCAAAUGCUGGCAGCGCUGACGCAUUGCUCACGCUCUUUGCUGCCCACAGCACGAGCUUGAACCACAUCCACGCUGCGAACCUGUGGAACAAACUGGGCAAGCAGCGCAUCGAGCGGCGGCACGAGGAGCGGCUUGAGCAGCUGGUGCAGCGCACGCUCCACCUCGUCUCGUCGUGCGAAGCACACUGCUCGCGUGUGAUCAGCGACUCGCUCGCGCGGGAUCCGUCGAGGUGGGGCGUCGUGGACCGCUCUCAGCUGCACCAGUGGCAGCUCUGGCUCUCCCUUGAGCGAGGAGCAGACGGGCAGCAGCACCUUCUCUCCGAGUCCCAGCGCAAGCUCUGCUGCGACGCCAUGCAAGAUACGCAAGUGACGAUCUCUGAGUUCCAACGCUCCGUCGCGGCUGCCCUCGCCGCCGUCCAGCACGGCUUCGAGGAGGAGCAUCUCGAGCCGCGCACCGGCUACUCGCUCGACCUGGCGCUGCCCUCGUCACGCGUCGCGGUCGAGGUGGACGGCCCCUCUCACUUCCUGCUGCCCGACGGCCGGGGCGUGCGCAAACCCAACGGGCCGACGCUGCUCAAGCGGCGCCUCCUCAGAGCGGCUGGCUGGAGGGUGAUCAGCGUUCCAUUCUACGAGUGGAACGGCUUCGCGACUGCCAGUGAGCGGCACACCUACCUGCAGAGGCUGUUGGGCUAG